CACGCACGAGAGAACAAAACACAGCUGGAGUGCGUUUUUAAAUUAACAAACGUAAAAAACCAUAGAUCCCGAUCGGGAUAUUAGAAAAGCCGUAUAUCCCGAUCGGGCUAUAGAAUUAUAGCCCGAUUGGGAUAUAAUUCUAUAGCCCAAUCGGGAUAUAUAUCCUGAUCGGGAUAUAUAGCCCGAUCGGGAUAUGCUUCUACACUGUCAGAUUCUACCUAGCAUUUUCUUUUCAAUACUGGACUACGAUCUCUCCUUCUUCCACUCCUUUCUCUUCUUCUGCUUUUAAACUAUUUUUCUUUUCUUUCUUUAUCUGUUUGUGUAUUCUACCACUAUCUUUUUUUAACCAUCGUUGGUCUCCAUUGAUGACUGAUUCUUGUUUUAUUGUUGUACGAUUUGUUGGCAAUAGAAUAUACACUUUCUAACUUUUUUCGUUUGAAAAUGUUUGACUCAUUGUCGAAAAUUACACUCUCUUCGAAUUUGAUUUCUUUUUACAUGCAGCAGCAUGUUUAGCUAUCUCUGACAAUUCAACUUUUUCUUUGGCUACGUAAUUUUUAUGCUGUUUAACUCUCCUGUCGAAACACUCACUUUCACCUACAUACACUGAGCUACAUUCGUAGUAAAUGCCAUAAAUAGCAUUUUUGCAUCCUAUACAAUUUUUUGAUUCCUUUUUAAGUUGGUUGCAUGCUACCAUUCUAGUUUUAUUCAAGAUAUCUCCCAUAUUCUUUGAGUGUUUUGUAAAUGUUCGAACAUUUUCUUUCCUCAAAUUUUGUUUAAGCUUUUCUGUCAUGCCUUUCAAGUGUGGUAUAACUACAGUGGAUGUAUAUAUCCCGUUAUCCUUGUUCUUACUGUUGUGGUUUUUCCUAAUGUUUCUAACUUUAUUCUUUAUAGUUUUUGUGGUAGAGUUAGGAUAACUACUAUUUAGCAAUAAUUGACAAAGAGCUGUGAUGUCUGAUUUGUUAGUUUUCCAAUAAAAUCAGUCCAAUGAAAUAACAGAGUUAAAGAAAAGUGCUUUUUCGUAUUCAGCACACUUGAUAAUCACGAAAAUUUUCUACUUUUAGCGAGAGGUACCGCCAAAAAGUUAAGAAAAAUUUUCAAAAUUGUAUAAUUUUGCCAUGGAGAUUUUUCUGCGUCACUUUGUUUGAAAAUUUUUCUUAACUUUUUGGCGGUAUCCCUCGCUAAAAAUAGAAAAUUUUCCAGGUUAUCAAGUGUGCUGAAUACGAAAAAGCACUUUCCUUUAACUCUAAAGAAACUUUAAUUUUUUUUUAUCGGUGAUAUGAAGACGUUUAUAGGCGGAGAGUCAUCCUUUCCGCUUGAAGAAUAGAUAUCUCUUGCUGCUGGACACUAGUUUACCGCCUCUGUUAUUUGCACAUAUUUAUAAUAAAGAAGCCCGGCACUGCCAUAAAUUAGUCCAUAUUUUACAUGGUUUUUGUCCCAUUGAAAUAAUUCAAAAUAUAGAACAUUCUGUAACAUUUUAUAGCUAGUUUGUAUUGGUCAAGUUGACAGUGAAUAUCACCCAAAGCAGUGUAUGAAUAUGAAACAUCGUUAAGAAACUUGGCUGACGCACUGAGUUCAGCAUUGAUUGUCUUUUUAGCAUAUUCAUAUGCUUUAUCUAAUUCUCCAACCAUGAUAUAAAAUAGUCGCAUUUGAGCAUAAAUGAAGGGAAAAAUGUUUUUUGUGCACGGUUACAGAAAGGUACACGGCAAAAAGACAGAAAUGUGCACGGAGACGUUUUUGUGCACAGUUUUUCAAGGAGUAAAAGAUAUUUUGUCGUUUUCUCACCCUAAACAAAUAGGAUGAACUACGAACAGACGUCUCGUUUAAUACGAACGAGACUUAUUGACUGAAAUGUUCGAUAAAUCUUAAAAAUUGGUGUAGAGUGAAUUUAAGAAUUAUUGUGUGUUUAUGUAAACAAAACCUUAAACUAUAUGUUUGUAAACAUGCAGUAGGAUUUAUGAUUCACCUUAAUCUUUAUGUUAUAGCUGAUCCAGCUAAAUUACAAGUGUUAGGAAAACGGCGUGGACGUCCAAAAAAGGCAGGAAAAGCAUUAAGUCGAUCAUAA